AGAAUACAGAAAGUAUACCAUCCCCUUUUCAGACUAUAAAAAAUACAUCAUCCUUUCCUUUAAAUAUUAAAAACAUAACAUAUUUUCUCUUAGAUGAUGAAAUAUCUUCUGAUGUUGAUGAUAGUGAAAGUGAUAGGAAUGAAUUUAUUUAUAAUAUACAUGAUCUUGAAAAGGCUAUAUCCUUUAAAUUUAGAAAUAAAGAAAUAGAUAAUCUAGUAAAAUUCUUAAUAACAAUAAAAAUUGAAAAAGACUUGGUUAAUGAAGAAAAUUUAGCUCUGGAACUUGAACAGCAAAUAAAAGAUACAUUUCGUACUAUCAUUAAAGCAUUUUUUAUACCUCUUUAA